GACAGAGAGACAGCAUAUGGGAUCAAUCUGGAAGAAGAUCAGGCAGGUGACUGAGUACAAAAUGCCGUGGUUCAUCAGCACUCACACCAAAUGUCUGCCGGAUGGAGGUGUCAUCAACUUCUCUGAGAUGAGCGGCGGGGUGACGCGGACUGUGGAAAAUGGAGAAGAGGAUAACAAGACUAAUGUCCGAUGCAGGCGGCUUAGACUAACUCUACAAGAUCAGGAUCAGUCAGGCUGCACCUCGGAGCGGCACGGCAGCAAGGAGAGCAGCAUAGCAGUAGUGCUGCCACAUAAACCACAGGAGCAGGAAGAAGUACUUGAGCUCAUCACUCCCACAGAAGAAAAAAUUGAAGUCAUUAAGGUUUACCUUCAAUCUCCUCCAGAGAGUGUCAGGAUGCUGACGGACGAGGUGUCGCAGAUUCAAGAGGUGAGGUACUGUCUGAAGUCUCUGAGAGAGCAGAUGGCAGCCAGGCAGAACAGUAACAACUACAAGUAUCCAGUCAAUGGCUUCAGAGUCAACGUGGCCAGCAGCCAACCAGCUGUCACCAAUGGCAACACUGUUGUCAUCGAGUCAGACGCUCAUGUUGGGGAUAAUCAGGAGGAGAGCGUGAGGCUCAGGGAGGCCACCAAGCGUCUGUAUGCACAGCUGAAGGAAAUGGAGAAGAGGCAUCAGGAGGAGAGGGAGAUACUGCAGGCCAAGUCAAAUGAGUAUUGCGUUCGUCUGGCUGAGCAGUCUGAGCAGCUGCAGAAGGCGGAGAAGCAGUCGGAGGAGAGGGGUCAGCAGGUGGAGGAGCUGCAGAGGCUGCUGGGAAGCAUGGAGAUCGAGAGCGGCAUCCUCAAAGACAAGAUGGCGGCAGAGGAGGCAGAGCUGCUGCAGCUUAAAGCAAACAGGGAGAAAGGGGUGGAGAAGAAGGAGAGGUGUGCAGAGCUGGAGAAGGAGGUGGCCGUCCUGAAGGAAAAGAUUCAUCACCUUGACGACAUGUUAAAGAGUCAGCAAAGGAAAGUCCGCCACAUGAUCGAACAGCUGCAGAACUCCCGGACGGUGAUCCAAGAGAGAGAUCGAGUCAUCAGGGAUUUGGAGGAGAAGGUGGCUUUCCUGGAAGCUGAGAACAGAGAAAUGCAUGACCACAUGGAGUACUUCCUGGCAGGCAAGGACCCGCCGCCCCUGACGUCCACUGAGAACAAGCCAGAGGUUGUUUACAGUAAACCACUCACACCGACGACACCGACCAACAAGGCCCUCCCAUUCAUCAAAGUCAUUGAGAUCAAGUCCUGAAUGGAGUGUCAACCAAAAGAAUGACCAGAUGUAAAAUACAGUGUAAAUAUAUAUUUAACCACCUACCAGUAUAUAAAACGUAGGUCUGCAGUGUUUAAAAAAGGCUGGCUUAACAGACCUCAUGGUGACAAAGCACAUUGGUCUUUCGUUAGUACCUCAUAGUUAGUUUUGAGGCUGUUCUGUAUACCUUUACUGGCUUUCUCAGUGUCAAACAGAAUCUUAAAAAGUAAAGGGUUAUUCAAAGUUGGAUCCAAUGGUAGGAAGAAUCCUAAAUUUAACUGAACUUCUUAAAUAUACAUAGACACAAAUCUGUGCGUCACAUACUUUGUCAGCAAGUCUUCAAGAUGCAGUGGCAGUAGGAAAGAGUUCAGUAAAGUUCUGUGUUGUAAAGUUUCCCACCUCCACUUCUUUCCCAUGCAGAAUCUUAAAUAAGCUGUUUCAACAGGUCAGUGUAAAAGGUGGGUCAAGAUUAAAAACUAUUAUUAUUGUAAACAUCCACAUUGACAAAUGAGUGUUUUCAGCACUUCUUCAUACUACAGCCUACUCGAUCACAAUCCUAAGCAGCAGCGUUCAGGGUCAGAUUCCUCAGUGCUUUGCACCACAUUGCCAAUGGCAGGCAUGCAGUUGGUUAUGUCAACAUUGAAAUAUGAUUUAUGUUUAACUUAAAUAUAUUUCUCUGACACUAGAGUGGGUCAACUAUAAUAAGAGUGAUAAUGCUAUUUUAUAUAUAUAUAUUGACCUGCUUUUCGUUAUGCUGGAAAAUCUAUAUUAGAGGCUACUUGUAGAGAUAGAGGCUAGUUGAUGUAAACAUUUUAAUUCUCAUACGCUGCCUCAACACCCUUAUUAUAUAUCCUGUUUUGUGCUAAAAGGUUACAUAUUUAAAAUAAUAACUCUGAUUUAACUGAUAAACUUGCUUACUUAGAUAAUUAUGCAUUGUUUGUAUGGACUUUGCUGUUUUUUUCUGUAUAAUACUUUCUGUUGCAAUCCAGGAUGAACAUUUUUAUAAACUGAGUAACGAUUCACUGUGAACAUUGUAGAUAGAUUCAUUGAAGUUCAGUCUGUGUCCUUUUAUUGUAGACUUUGUCAAAUAUAAUGUAAUAUCUGGUUUAUCUGACUCAUGUGUUGUAACUUUUAGCAUCUGUUAUUGUAUCUUUACUCUAUAACCUUGUACUGCCACCUAGUGGAGAUAUUAAAGACACUGAAUAUGAA